AUGGAACCAGCUCUCGGCCGAACUACUGAGAAGACAAAGCCACUUAUCCAGCCCGGUCCGAUACACGGCCUAAACCAGAAACCAAGCCAAGUUCCUCCACAGCUGACUACCGAGGAAAAGCCGAGGCUACACCGGCCAGGACGCGAGACAUCGAGUGCUUUAAAUGCCAAGGUGAGAUUGUGUCCGAGGAAGAAGAAGACACUGGUCCUAAAUAUAAUGAUGAAGACGAUGAGGAAUAUGCAGCCGAGGGAGAGCUAUCACCCUGGCGCCUUUGUCACCACGAGAUGUAUACCUGGAUCAGUAAAACUUGAGCAAACCAGCAAAGGAAAGAGUAUUGUGAGUGAGCCCUCAAACACCACAACCAAAAAUGAGAGUCUGAGAGAACCCCCAGAAAAGGCCUUUGAGAGAACACUCGUGAGUAAAGAGACCUUUUUCAUAAGAUCUUGUGAGCUUAAGCACGCGGUGCACACCAAACAAUCUCUCGUCCUACUCAUGUUUAAAUCUGCUUUGGCUAGCCUAACUGACCCACAACCGGAUUUUUCGAGCAGUGUCUUACCCCUCUUGCAGGAAUUUAAGGAUGUUUUUCCGGAUGAGAGCCCCAGCGGUUUGCCACCUAUACGCGGGAUUGAACACCAGAUAGACUUCAUUCCAGGUGCUUCUCUGCCUAACCGACCCGCAUACCGAACUAACCCUGUCGAAACCAUGGAGCUACAAAGACAGGUCGGAGAGCUCAUGGAGAAAGGACACAUUCGGGAGAGCAUGAAUCCCUGUGCGGUCCCGGUUCUGCUUGUGCCAAAGAAGUACGGAUGA